AUGGCCGAUAAGGCAAACCCUACCAGCGGCUAUGCGCCGGUCCUUUCGGCUCUGGCAACGAUGCAGAGCAAUGCCGGCAAAGAAGAGAAAACCGGAGCCCAUGAAUUCCUUGAAAAGUUUCAAAAAUCGCUGGAAGCAUGGAACACCACUCAUGCAAUAUUACAAGACUCGUCCGCUCCGGCAGAAGCCAGGCUGUUUGCUGCGACGACGUUAAAGGGAAAGCUGCCAGCAGACGCCCUCACUCCUCUCCGAGACUCACUCCUUUCUCUGCUUCAACUCUAUAUCUCGGGCCCUCGGCCUGUUCGGACGCAGUUAUGCGUGUGUCUGGCAAUCCUGGCAAUUCAGUUGACAACGUGGAAAGAUGUCUUGAGAACAGUGGGUUCGGCUGUUGGCAGCAGUAGGGACGGCGGAGACUGUCUGCUCGAUUUCCUGCGCAUCCUACCAGAAGAAGUCACAGAAGGCCGCAAGAUCAACCUUUCAGAAGAGGAACUUGCCGUUCGGACCAAGGAACUCCUAGAGGACAACUCCGCUCAGGUCUUGAAUCUUUUGGUCUCCUACGCCCAGUCAUCAACCCAAGCUGCUCACAAUCCUCAUUUGUAUUCGUGUAUCGCAUCGUGGCUUCGAGAAAUCCCCACGAUCGAUGUUGUGAACUCGCCCCUAUUGAACGAAAUUAUCGACGCCCUGCAGGACAGCGAUUCCUUCGAAGCAGCUGUGGAUUGCCUUUGCACCAUGUUCAGAGAUACCCGAGACGUCGACGAGUCACAAAGUGUUAUUCGCAUCCUCUAUCCCCGAAUCAUCAAGCUGAGGCCUAUGAUCGCAGAAGCUGCUUCCACGGAAGACAACGAUCUCAUGAAGGGCAUUACGAGACUGUUCGCAGAGGCUGGUGAAGCUUGGGUUGUUCUCAUUGCACGCAUGCCGGCCGAGUUCCGCGAGCUGGUCGAAUGCAUUCUUGAAUGUUGCGUACUCGACAAAGAUCGAGAAGCUAUUUCGGUCACGUUCAUUUUUUGGUAUGAACUCAAGCUGUUACUCACUCUCGAAAAAUACAGACCCGCUCGAGCUCCUCUCGCGGACCUCUAUUCGAAAUUGGUGGAUGUCAUGAUCAGACACCUCGAGUUCCCCACACCAGAGAAUGGUAAUGAGAAGGAUCUUUUCGACGGAGAUCGAGAAGCAGAGGACAAAUUCCGCAGUUUCCGACAUAGCAUAGGCGACGUCCUCAAGGACUGCUGCGAAGUUGUCGGAGUCACGGAGUGUCUAACGAAAGCCUUCGCUCUGAUACAAAGUUGGGGCCAAAAAUACGCUGCGCAGGUCUCAGGCACGACCGUACCACAUUGGCAAGAGCUUGAAGCGCCACUUUUCAGCCUCAGGGCAAUGGGCCGGAUGGUCAGCCCCGAGGAAGACACGGUCCUCCCGCAAGUUAUCCCGCUGCUUACGACAGUGCCAGAUCAUGAGAAGUUAAAGUUUCAAGCCAUCAUGGCGCUGGCUCGCUAUACCGAAUGGACCGCUCAACAUCCAGAAACUCUCGAGGCACAGCUGAAUUACGUUAUUUCUGGAUUCAAUCACAGCUCUCAGGAAGUGGUACAGGCAGCAGCGCUGGCCUUCAAAUUCUUGGGGACCGACUGCCACAGCUUGCUGGGGGAUCACGUCCCACAACUCCACAACUUCUACGAAAGCGUCAUCGACAAGCUCAAACCUACAAGCCAGGAAGAGGUAACCGAAGGAGUUGCGGCGGUCGUGGCGGCGCAACCACUUAGCAAGAUCUAUGAGACGAUGAAGCUGUUCUGUGAUCCUGUCAUGAGACGGGUGGUUGCCCUCGCUGCACAAGCCACGGAUGAAAAUACCGAGAAAACGGUUGCUGACUACCUGGGGCUUGUGACAGUCUUCUUCGAUUUCGUACAGCCCUAUGUUUCGCCAUCUGAAGAGAACCCGGCCGUCAAAUAUUGCCAGGAGGUGCUGCCGGCUCUUUCACAGAUCGCAAAGCACUUCACGCGAUCCAUGCCGAUCCUGGAAAGAGUGUGCAAGUGUUGGAGGACCAUGGUGAUAACCUACAGGACUGCCACAGCCCCGCUUCUGCCCACACUUGCGACGGGGAUUGCUGAGGGCUUUGAGGCGUCACGACAAGGCUGUUUCCUGUGGGCGACAGACGCCGUCAUUCGGGAGUUUUCGUACGGUUCAGAGUUCGUUGACGAGGCCACGAGUGACAACGUGUAUCAAUUCUUUGAGCAACAGGCCACAGUCUUUUUAAGGAUCCUAGCCGAACUACAACCGACCGAGCUCCCGGAUGUUAUCGAGGACUUUUUCCGCCUAGCUUCUGAUGCUCUUCGGUUCUACCCUCGGAAAACCCUUACUUCGAACCUUGCUCUGCCCAUGGUCAAUGCCUCGUUAACGGCGCUGACGCUGCAGUUAGUCGAGCCACUCCAAGCUACUCUGCACUUCUUGAGAGACUUUCUGGACUUUGGGUUUGAGCAACCGCCAAUAUCCAAUUUCGAAGGGCCCAAUGGUGAACCACUUGGAAAUCCACCAGAGGUUCAGGCAGCGGUGAGGCAAGUGCUGAGCUCGAGGGGCCAGGAAAUUGUGCACCGAGUCUUGACUGGCAUGAUGUUCAGCUUUCCCGAGGACUGCUAUGCCGAUGCCUCUAGUAUUCUCCUGUCGCUGUUCAAAUUGGUACCUCAAGCGGCGGCUGAAUGGGUUCAAGGAACUUUGGUGGCCCUGCCUGCAGGCACACUAAAGCCAGCCGAAGCUAACAAGUUGAUGAAAGGCAUUGGCGACAAGCUGCAGCAGAAUCAGCCGCACAAAGUGCGGGUGCUACUUCAAGACUUUACAAAUUCGUAUCGACGACGGAACGUGGCGCCGCGUGAAGGGUUGGGCAGGUUGGAAGCGGCGAGGUUCAAGUUCAGCGGCUGA